ACCCAGUUUGGUAGAGCAUGCGCUGCUUGUUAUUCUUUUGCACCAGUCGGUGCUGUUGAGAUCGUGUUGGCUAGGGCAGAAGGCAAGAUCACCCUGCUCUCCAAACAAACCUUGAUCGACUGCGAUACUGGAAGCUGGGGCUGCGAGGGUGGGACGAUUGCCAAUUCCAUGGAAUAUAUCAAGAAAUAUGGGUUACCAACCGCCAUAGCAUACCCAUACACAGCGAUGACCGGUAAUUGUAAAACCCACGUAGCCGUAAAUCCUUACGCAAAGAUUGCUGACUUCAUCCGGGCGGAUCCACGUAAACUGGAGGAACAUUUACGAUUCAGUCCACUCCCAACUGACGUGCACGCCAAGGCGGAGCUUCAAUUCUACGUUUCAGGAGUAUUUGAAUCAGACAAUUGUCCCGAUGGGCCAGGAGACGCAAAUCACGGCGUUGUUAUUGUUGGGCACUACAAAGACGCGUGGAUCCUCCGGGACAGUGCACCUAGCAGUUGGGGCUUACAGGGCCACUUCCUAAUGCAGAAAGGGAUAUGUGGCAUUGGAAGCACAGAUUUUGAGAGUUUUGAAAUAUAUAAUCCGCACCGACCGAAAAUGAGGAGAAACACAUACUCAUUCCCUUGAAUUGAACAAGUGGAUUGCAAUUGAAAAUCAUCACAGUAGUUGAGGAUUAUGCACCCAACGCCACCAUAUUACAUUUGGACGUAUUUCUGCCAAACGCAUUGGCGGAUCCAGCAAAUUGGCAACAUUGUUUUUUCUCCAUUUAAAUGUAUGGAAAUGUAUCGAUUCGUGAAGGGGCCAGGUGUUCCGAGAAGAAUCGAUUAUUUAACAUGGGUUUGAAUGGAGGUAAUCCUGUGUUGCCAAAUUGCUGGAUCCGCCCCUGGUCAAACGGAACUACUGACGAGGGGAAAAGAUGGGGCGUGCUAUAGAGAGCUGCAUAAGAAACAAUGUUAUAGUGGACGUGAUUCUCUUCGGUGAAAUGGAAAAGCGAGAUUUUACAUUCUGUCAAACGGAACUAAGUGCCAACUGAAUGUGGCAUUCAUGAGCCAUGGAAAUGGUAAAAGAACAUUGUGGACAGGGCUCAUGAGUUGAAGCCGAGCAAGAGCGACAACGGAGACGGCUUCUUUGCCGUUGACGUCACUGGAGUUUUAUAAUUCACAUUCAUCCUUACGGUCCUCAACUAACGAGCACACCUCUUAUUUCCCACCUAUGCCUCUAAUUCUGUUUGGCAGAAAUUCGUCCGUUUGUUUGAAGAUUUACUACGAAAGGAACACAAUGUUCUGUCAAAUAAGCGAGUGUAGUGAGUUGAAGUUAAAAUGUAAAUCUUUUAAUGUUUGACUUAGGUAAUUAUUAGAUUAAUGUAUGAUAUUUUUAUUUAAAUUGUCUCGUUUGAUUUAUAAUGAUCUCGACGAUUUUCACUCCAGUGCAAAUUCAGAAUCGACCGAAACUUAAGCAUUAGGAAGUUUUCAAGAGUUACCAUUACAUCAAUUAGACAUAAUAUUAAGUUAUUUUUGCUCUACCUCUUCUCCUUAAUUCAAAUUAUAAAUAAAGUCAUUUUGUACCAAUGAA